CUUUUUUGCAGGGCUGCAGGCGAUCCAAGACGGUAUAUGCGGCGCUGGAUAAACCGGAGGGCGAUGGUCUUGUUCAGGGAGCACCUUGUUCACCUGUGUCUUCUUUUCUAUUUUCAGUUCAUCCUCAUCCUUGCUGGGCGGGGUAGCUGCGGUUACUUCCUGGGCUGUGUGCUCCUCGUCUUGUGGGUCUUCUUGUAUGCUGGUGGUGAGACGGCUUGAUCGACUACGAUUCUCUUGGUGGGAGGGUAUGGGACCGGUCGGAUUUCGCACGAUAACUGACAGGCGUGCCCUGGCGGAGCCUGGGCGGCCUUGGAGUCGAUGAUUUCGUGUAGUACUAGUGUACUAGAGCUAUGCUGAAAGCAGAGGUCACUCCAUGGAGUUCUUGCUCGUAGCUCAUGGUCUGGGCAGAGAACUUGCGGGUAUUUCUUGAUUUCCCUCGGCAUGUGUAAAACACAUACUACACUACCCUAGUGGCGCGCUUGAUAUUGGGACGGGAUGACGUUAGCGGGAUGCCUUUAUCAUCCAGACUACCGAGGUCAAAGCGACCGCGUGGUUCAAGCGACCGAUGGUUCCUCCAGGCCACUGACAUGAGGGAAAGAACAAAUAACGGUGCAUCCUCCCCCACGUAAUCCGUCGG